AUGCCGCCUCGGAGAUAUGCCUUUGGGAGGGCCGACGAGGCCACCCACCCUGACUCCAUGAGAGCCACUUUAGCUGAAUUCGUUGCCACUUUCAUCUUUGUCUUUGCUGGGGAAGGCUCUGUUCUCGCUCUUGGGAAGAUUUACAAGGAUAGCGGCACAUCAGCAGCUGAGCUGAUAGCCAUAGCUCUUGCACAUGCCUUCUCUCUAUUUUCGGCCGUCUCAACCAGCAUUAACGUAUCUGGUGGCCACGUCAACCCUGCUGUAACCUUCGGUGCACUUAUUGGUGGAAGGCUCUCUGUUGUUCGCGCCCUUUACUACUGGGUUGCUCAGCUCCUUGGGGCUAUUGUGGCUUCCCUUUUGCUAAGGCUUGUCACAAAUGGCAUGAGGACAGUGGCGUUCAGCAUGGCCUCUGGUGUUGGCGAGUGGCAUGGGCUAAUACUAGAGAUUGUGAUGACAUUUGGGUUAGUUUACACCGUGUAUGCUACUGCCAUUGAUCCCAAGAGGGGUAGCUUGGGAACUAUGGCACCACUGGCAAUUGGAUUGAUUGUUGGGGCAAAUAUCCUGGUGGGCGGGCCUUUCGACGGGGCAUCCAUGAACCCAGCAAGGGCAUUCGGACCUGCACUGGUAGGGUGGAGAUGGAGGAACCACUGGAUCUACUGGGUUGGACCAUUUAUAGGAGGUGGGUUGGCAGCUCUCAUAUAUGAAUACAUGGUGAUACCAACAGAGACCCCCCACCACACUCACCAGCCCUUGGCUCCUGAGGAUUACUAG